UCAGACAUUGGUGGUCGUCUGUGUUCUCAAAUAAGCAACGACCCGGAUUCCGCAUUAUGUUGUCUGCCUUGUCCAGCAUCGUAUUGGGCCUACUCGGACAGGACCGUCUCAGGCUGGCUCAAUGUUGUCGGUCUGGUGCUACAAUGCUUCAUGCUAAUCUCAAAUGCGUUUCUUCCUGCGGCAAGGACUAAGAGUCACUACCUUACACAGUGUUUGAUCAUCGCUGUCAUAUGGAUUAACGUCAGUGUAUCGAAGAGACUGGAGAUCGACUCGCUGACAAAGAACAGCNUCGCCUUUGUUAUACCUCUAGGAGCGGAGCCUGAUCAGUGUUAUGAUGGCAUAACCCCAAACGACAUGUACACUUCGAUGACAUGCGCAUGGUCUGGAGCAUUCCUACUAGCCGGAGCCCUUGCAGGUUCCAUGUGGACAUUAUCCAUGCACCUCACUGUCGUCUGGGACAUCAUCCCUGGUCCACGAUUCUUCUAUACCUCACAAGCAUUAGGCUGGGGAAUCCCGGCUGCCCUUUUCACAUCCGCCAUCACCACAUCGGGAGUCUCGUUUCGAUUUGGCAAUGCUUGUCACAUUAACCAUGAUGACUCGAUGGUGACAUUCUGGGGAUGGCUUCUCGGGAUUGCAGGAGCAGCUCUGAUCGUUCAAAUCAGCACCCUUUGGGAAGACAGCGCAAGACCCUGCUCGCAGGGAUCUGCAAAGAGUCUGCCCAUGUCCGUGAUGAGUGCCAAAUCGCAGCGAGCGCGUGUCAUCUAUCGUCGACUCAAGAGUGUGCUCUACCUGCAAUGGCGCGGUAUGCUGAUUGUCACCAUUGUCCUCGUCGACGUCAUCUUCUUCGCCGUUGUCUUUGUCUAUCUCGACAAGAUCGAAGAGUCGAUGUUGCACGACUACACACGAGUGCUGCCCUGGGUGGCAUGUUUGAUCGAAAGUGGAGGUGACCGAGACUCCUGCUUCAAGUAUAGCCAUCAAUGGCUGAUCAGCGAGCCCACGAUUGGAGCCAUGUUGAUCAUGAUUUCACUACUAGCGAUUGAGCUUUUCGUGCUGCUCUUCCGCUGGUCGCUAAUCACUGGCUGGAAGGAACGAUGGAUAGCACUAACCAGAGGCAAACCUCAAGAAUUCGUCUCCCUCGAUGCGCGAAGAGCCCAAUUCAGUCCUCACCCACCAACCUACGAAUUGCGCAAAUUAGGAGGACGCCUGCAAAUCGACUAUACGGAUCGUAAGAGCUGGGGAGAUGCACAUACCAUGCGCCCGACAUCCCCCAACAACAUGCUAGACGACAUGAUCACAACGCCAAACAGCCCUGCACCGGUAUACUCGCCGCCGCGACGGGAGCAAGAAGAAGACGAUGUAUCGCCCAUCACGCCACUAGACCACCAACAACGAAGAAACACACCACCGAUGCUGGCGAGAAAUUUUUCGAGUCCGAGGAUACGCACGCAUGAUGGGAGGAUGGGUGGUUGGGAUCCGGCGAGCAGCUUUGCGGGCAGUGAUCCUUCGAUUGUGUUUGCGAGUAGUGGGGCUAGGCAUAUGACUACGCCUUCAUUGCCGCCGCCGACGGAGUAUGAGGAUAGGCGGUUGUCACCGCCUGGACAGGCUUUG